ACAGUGCUCAGGCUGGGAGAUGAAGAGGCUCACAGUUGAGGAGAUGAAUUUGGGGAGAAGAGAGUGAAACAGAGGGAGAGAGAGAGGGGGGGGGACAGAUGGAGUACUCACUGAUUAUACUAGGGAACGGAGGAUCGGAGCACACAAAGCAGCAGUGACAGAGAGGAGUGAAAGAAAGAAAGAAAAAACUGGAGCGAUGUGAAAAUGAAAGAAUACCAAAGAACAACAAACAGCGAGGAGGAAAGAGAAGAAGAAGCAUGUGAGUGAAACAGUAAAGUGAGAGAAGAGAAGAAGAGGUGGUGUGUGUGACUCCUCUGUUCAGUGUCCUGAAGGAUAUACCGAGCAUCACUUUACUUCUACCCAAACAGCCCACGACAGAGGGAGAGGAGGACUAGUCCCAGGAGAGGAGGGAAAAGAAAAACAGAUAAUCGGAGGGCAAGUGUAAAAUACUGAUAUAAGGAAUACAUGCUCUUGGUUGGUGCAGUGGAUUAACUGGAACCCAGGCUAUUCUGUUAUCCUGCACAAAAAGUGGAAGAUGAGUCACUGAGAAGAGGUACUGGAAGAGAGAAAGAGAGGGGAGAGAAUGUGAGAGAGGAAGAUAGACCAUUAUGGGGAGUCGCACAGUGCUGUCCCACAUCUUACCAAUCCAUUCUUUCUCCAGCCCCCUGGGACAAUGCUAAGCGGACAGGAAGGGCUAGCCUGUAUAUUCGGGGGAUAGGAAGGAUGGAUAAGGUGUAUUCAGAGGAGCUGUGCCUAUUCGCUGGUAGAUACAGUGUCCCUGUCACGAUUCCAUCUCCUGGGAUGUUAUUAGAGGUACGUUGGCGCUGAGUGCAUCCAGGAGUCAUGCAACAUAACUGUGUGCCCUGCUCUCACGCUCACCUCUCUCUUCUGGGUCUUCUGACUUAUUUAAUGUGAAAUAACAUGUCCUCUUUUAGAUGUAGAUUUUGUACGAGGCAUACUUUAAGUUGGCACUUUCUCCCAUGUUUAAUGUGCUGACGUUAUUAUACUUUUAUUGCGGCUCUAUGGAACUGCUCUUUAUACGGAAAUCAGGAAGCUGAGUGGACGAAAAUUAUAAGUAAAUGAAGUUCUGUGGACUAUGAGACUCCGGUUCACCCUGAAGACUUACUUUAUGAUGUUAAAGCUCAGAAUACAGUUCUCUCUAUCCAUAGUCUGAGCAAAGCACAGACCUUCUGGCUUUGGUUACAUUUCUCAGGAAGUCAGAUAGCUAGAGAAACACACACACACACCUGAGAAAGGACCAGUCCUAUGGAGUGCUGCAGAAGGGGGAUGGCAGGACGGACGGCAGUGUGACAGUUAUCUCAAAUCACCUCUAUGAUCACUCAAACCAACAAGCUACAGCUGUCGCCCCAGAUCUGCUUGGUGAUGGACCUCCAGCUCAACAAAUGCGACAUUACAUGUAUCCCAUUGUCAUAGAGAAGAAACAAAUUGUCAACAGACAAAUUGCAUUGAGAUAGAAUAGAAUUACUCCCUACUCUCUGACAGAGGACUUUAUCACGUCAAACGGCCUGCAGGGACUGUGGAUGUCGGGGGGAAGAACAAGACGCCACAGGAGACAUGGUGAGCAAAGAGCCGAAUCACUUGCUCAUUGGCCAAUACACCAACAGCAAGACCGCCGACAAACCACCUGGCGCCAUGACCGUGCGCUCCGUGCUGCUCAACCGCGACUCGCCGGACAUCGAAAGCCGCCUCAAGCGCCGCCGCAACCGCACCCAUCAGGUGCGCUUCAAAGACCUGGAGGAUGGCGUUGUUGGCGGGACCACUGGCGCUGGAACCAAAGGCCCAGAGAGGACUGCCGCUGAGCGUGACAGCCCCCACCCCCUGCGGAAGAACACCCCCAUGAGCCCCAUGGCCCCCAAGGGAUGGCUAACAGAGAGGUCAAUGGGGGAUGAGGUUUCCUCCAACCAGGCCUCGGUGGUUGGGGCUGUCCGAGGAGAUAUGGCAGACACUAUUGAGGUAGUGGCAGCAUUUUUGGCACGGGCGCCCCCUCACCCGCUUACCCCGGGGCCCACGCGCCGCUGCUGGGCACCACCAUCACCCCCACGGCCUUGCUCCCUCACACUACCUCUCUCCCGGAGGCAGUGCGCCAGCAUGGCCAUCCAGACCCCCUCCUGCCUCAAGAAGCCCAAGCCACGGGUGCCCUCGGCUGUCAGCACGCGCAACCGAAAUGUGGGGGACUCGGUGGGGGUGAAUGGGGAUGACGAACAGGACGAUAAACAGGAUGAGUACUACACUACCCACAACCACAUUUCAGAACCUGCAUCUAUAGAUGGAAAAGGCCUUGGGUCUAAGGCUAAACAGGGAUUGGUGGACCAACCCCACUGCCUCAGGACUAGCGAGGCUAACACUGAGGCUAACGCCAGCUCCCCUGCUGUUGGGAAUCACGUGGACUCUUCCAGGCAUGACUCUUCUUCUUCCCCUCCCCCAGUUUGGCUUCGGCACACUGCAGAGCCUUGCUACUGCGGUUCUGUGACCUGUGGGAGGGAGGGAUCUAAACGCCAGGGGAGUGCAACUCUGUCCCAAGUAAGGAGGAGAUGGCGCAUGAACCGUGGUAUCAGUGACCCGGGAAGGGAGGUGUCCUACUGUACCACUCCCACACAGACAGACAGUCCCUGUGUCUCCCCUCCUAACUCCCCACCUCCCUCGACUGUGCAGCCCUGCACCUCCCCACCUCCCUCGACUGUGCAGCCCUGCACCUCCCCACCUCCCUCGACUGUGCAGCCCUGCACCUCCCCACCUCCCUCGACUGUGCAGCCCUGCACCUCCCCACCUCCCUCAACUGUGCAGCCCUGCACCACCCAAACACAAACUGACCGUCUCUGCGCCUCCCUGCCUCCUCCCACCGUGCAGCACUGCGCCUCCCCGCCUCCUCCCACCGUGCAGCACUGCGCCUCCCCACCUCCCUCGACUGUGGAACCCUCCACCCCCAAAACUCAGACUGUGCCUCUCUAUGCUUCCGUACCUAAAACUGUGCCAACCUCCACCCAUCCAUAUUGUGAAACACCACCACUGGUGGCUCUGCUUUGCGCCUCCCCACCCCGGUCUAUCUGUAAAUAUCCACCGAAAAAAUCUGUGCUUCCUCCAACUGUUCUUCCAUCUAAAGCUCAAACCACUCCACCUCUCGCUACACAAACUGAAAUGGUCCCAACCAAACUAACAUGCACCGCCAGAACUACAAACACACCCUCAAAUCCAAAUUGUCCCACCGCACCACCAUCUCCAACGAUAGCCCCCUAUACAGCCCCUAAUGGCCAUGACCCAAAACCAACUCCUGUUCUAGCCCCCUCCACUGCCCCAACUUGCCCCACCCCAACACCAACUCCAAAUAUAGCACCCUGCACCAUCCUAACACAAACUGCCCUAUCCUGCUCUUCCUUAAAUCAACUCAUAUCUCCACCUCCAACUGUGACAUCAUGCCAUCCCCCAGCCCAAACUGCCCCUGCCUACAUCUCCUUAAUUCAGACCAUACCACCUGGGAACCCCCCAUGUCAGACCGUACCACCAUGCUCCUCCCAACCUCCAGUAGUACCUUCCUACUCCGCCCACAUUCAAAUAAAAUACUGCUCCUCUCCCUCUCCCAUUGUAAAAAGCUGCAACUCCCCGCCUCCAAUGGUAAAACCCUACCAUACACUUCCAACGGCGCCAUCUUGUGCAACUCCAACGAAAACUGUGCCCCUCUACACUUCCACGUUUCGCCCUGCGCCCCCCUACACCCCCCCGCCUCAGGCCCAAAACUGCAGCACUCAGGACAAGAGGGUGAUAGAGUGGGAGUGUAGGGGGGAGAGGAGGAUACUUCCACCACCACCCCCACCCCCUCCCCCGUACACCCCACGCAAAGAGGGGGUGAGUUGCACCCCAGGCUCGGCCUGCCAGGCGCCCCUGCUCAGGCGGGCGAGUGAGAAGGAGAGGUCAGGAAGAUCAGGGUCACCCAUGCCCUGUCCUCGAGCCAGCUCUCUGAAACAGAGAGCUCAAACACCCUUGGCGGUCCCUCUGAAAGGGAACCAGGCGGACCAGGGCUCCUCGCCCACCAAGGCCAUCUCCAGACCCACCUGCCUGGGCCAGGCUCAGGCUCAGCUAGGGGCUCAGCUUGGGGCCCUCCAUAAAAUUCUCUGCUCUGGGACCAACACCCCCAACAGCCAGCAAGCUCUCCCCCCUGGCCAGUGCCUGUCCGGGACCCGUGGCUGCUCUGGCUCUGGAGGGGGCCCCACGGUUGGGCCCCUGACCUCCACCCAGGCUGACACCCUGAGGCAGGUGCAGGAAAUCCUGGGGGGGCUGGUGUCGGGGGCCAGGAGUAAACUGGAUCCGACCUGGGUAGCAGAGAAACUGAUGGGCCCCAACGGGCCCCUGCACGACAUCCGGAGCCUGCAGACCCAGCUCCACAGCAUGGAGGGGGUCCUGGAGACUAGCCAGAACACCAUCAAGGUCCUGCUGGACGUCAUACAGGACCUGGAGAAGAAGGAGGCAGAGAGAGAUGGGAGACACUCCUACCGGACGGGUCAGGACAUAGAGAACUGUGGCACGUGCAGAGACUGUGCCUGCAUCAUAUACAGUGUGGAGCAUGACUUCCGGCUGCAGGAGGGGGCAGUAACCCGCACGUGGCGGGUAGGAGACCCUCCAGAGGGCUCCCCCCUAGCCGCUGUGACCCCCCAGCCCACCACGCCACACCGCCAGGACUCACCCCUGCCGGUGACACCGGCACGCCCCCCUCACAGCGGCAAGAAGAGCCGGAAGAAGUGCUUUUGGUUCUUGUGAAUUUUAAAAAGGGGAAGAGUAGGGAAGGACACCAUGAAUUAGGACACUCCUUCUAAAGACUGCGGAGGACUGAGUGGUAGUGUGUGGAGUGUGGGGCCAAGAUAUGUAAGGAGAGAGAAAGAUAAAAACGGACGCUCAAAACAAGUGUUAGAAGAAGCAGCAAACGAGGGAAAAUAAAUGAAAAAAAGAAAAAAAGUGAGGUAUAAAAGAGAUAUUAAAGAGGUAUGACGGCAGUUAAAGGACCUGGAAGACCCCUAGUGUGGUGAUGAAUGGAAUCUGUUUUGAUCCUGACGUGUUUGAACUGUAUAGAGUGGAGAGUGGAACAUGCAUGUGUUGGCGUAAGCGCCGAAAUGCCUCUUCAGCACCUGAGGUCAGUUGUUCGUGUGGGGAGGGUUUGCACUGUAAAAUGUGCUGAAGUCUUCUGAAAAACUUGACCUACCUGGUAGGGGCAAUUAUAGAAAUGAAAGUGUAGAAGAUGAAAAAGGUAAGGAGAAAAGAAAGGAUAGGGAAGUGACUAAGUAUAAAAGGCUAGGGAGUCAAAACGAGAGGAAAAGAAUGAGUGUACAGAGAGAAGAGAGGAAGGAUCCAUCCUCAUCACUAAUGGACAAAUGAGGGUCAGAACACCAGCUUUUAUAUCCAGAGAUGCUACAGCCAAUCAAUUAUUAUGAUGACCCUUAUUUCAAACUUUUAAUAGAAUUGAUCAUUCAAAAACUACACACACAACGUCAGGCUGAGAAAUGCACCACAAGAAAAAGUGAGGGUAAAAAAAAAGACUAAAGUGUACAUAAAACAGAGUGAUCUACUGCUUGAAUUGCUAUAUUUCAGAUACAGAUUACUGGUCUAUAAACUAUUUUACCACAAUU